CAAAACGUGACAAAGUAGGUAAAGAUGUCGCCGGCUCGUUUGUGUUAUAUUUAAACGGAGGCUACGGUGAGGUGGACGCGUGUGUUUCUCAUGAUUUAAGACGUAGACUGACUGACAAUGAGUGACUUAACGAAACGGAAUCCGCCUGGAUCUUCAAAUACAAAAAAAAGGAAAUGGGAUCAACCUUCAGUGACGAUGCAGCCGUCCAGCAGCUGUACCUUGUGUGAUGAAGUGCCGAAGGAUCCGGUCUUGAUUAAAUGUGGACACUGGUUCUGCAGACAGUGCAUCACGUCAUGUUGGGUCCAGUCUGGGUCAAUUGGUGACUCCUGUCCCCAGUGUGGAAAGAAAUCCACAACACCUGGACUGAGGACAGACAUUAAGAGCAGCACCGUAGAACCAGAGGUUAGUCUACUGGAGGUUUUAAAUGAACACAAGAUCAGUCUGAGGAAGAGAUUUGAAGAAAGUGAUGAAACACAAAGUGGAGCCGCCCUCAUCAGGAUCUACCCUGACCUCUACAUCAUAGAGGGUCAGAGUGGAGAGGUUAAUACCCAGCAUGAGGUAAUGCAGCUUGAGACAGUUUGUAAGAAAAAGUGCCUCAAAAGCCCUGCAAUUAAGGUUCAUGAAAUCUUUAAAUCAUUACCAAACGAACAGACCUAUGUCAGAGUCGUUCUAACCAUUGGUGUCGCUGGUGUUGGAAAAACCUUCUCUGUGCAGAAGUUCAUUCUGGACUGGGCAGGGUGCUCAGAAAACCAAGAUGUUGAUCUGUUGGUUCUGCUCUCGUUCAGGGAGCUGAACGCCAUCUUGGAUGACGAGUACAGUCUUCUCACUCUGCUCCAUGAUUUACAUCCAAUAUUGCACAUGGUCACAGCUGAGCAGCUUGCUGACUGUAAGCUUUUAUUCAUUUUUGACGGCCUGGAUGAAAGCAGACUCUCACUGGACUUUAACAUCAGUGAGGUUGUGUCUGAUGUUACAGAGAAUGCUUCAGUAGAAGUAUUGCUGACCAACCUCAUCCAGGGCAACCUGCUUCCCUCGGCUCUGGUCUGGAUCACUUCCCGGCCUGCAGCACCCACUCACAUCCCUCCUACAUGUGUGGACAGGGUCACAGAAGUACGAGGCUUCACUGACGCCCAGAAGGACGAGUACUUCAGGAGGAUGUCCAGCCACGAAGAUCUAUCCAGUAGAAUCAUCUCACACGUCAAGACGUCCAGGAGCCUCCACAUCAUGUGUCAGAUCCCAGUGUUCUGCUGGAUCACUGCUACGGUUCUGGAGCACAUGUUGACUACAGAGCAGACAGGGGAGCUUCCCAAGACCCUGACGGACCUGUACUCACACUUCCUGCUGGUCCAGACCAGGAGGAAGAGGAACAAUAAGGAACAUGAGAUGAGUUCACAGGAGCUGACCGAGGCUGACAGGGAAGUUCUCCUGAAGCUGGGGAAGCUGGCGUGGGAACAUCUGGAGAAAGGACAUAUCCUAUUUUAUGAAGAAGACCUUAAGCGAUUACGGAUUAACGUGCAAGAGGCCUUGGAUUGCCCUGGGCUUUGGAAAAAUAUCUUUAAAAAGGACAAAUUAAUGAUUUUCAAACCUGUCUACUGCUUUGUCCAUCUGAGCAUUCAGGAGUUUCUUGCUGCCGUCUACAUCUUCCACUCCUACGCCAACAGUAAGAUGACGGCCCAGAAGAAUUUCCUGAAAGUCCAGAAAUACACUUAUUCACAACCAAAUGCGUUUUUAAAGAACAUGGCUAGAUAUUUUGGAAAAUAUUUUGACUGUAAUACAUCUUUUGAUGUUUUUCUAAUGAAGGCCAUGAGGAAAUCCUUGAGUAGUAAACAUGGCCACUUGGAUCUCUUCAUUCGCUUUCUUCAUGGCCUCUCUCUGGAGUCCAACCAGAGUCUUUUAGGGGGUCUGAUAGGUCAGCUGGAGGACAUCCCUCAAAUCACAGACAGAGUUAUAAACAAUCUGAAGAUGAUGACCAAUGUGGUUACUUUUGAUGGAGACAGCAAUCACAAAGCUAUGACCAGUGCUGAUAUUUCUCCUGACCGGAGCAUGAACAUCUUUCACUGUCUGAUGGAGAUGAACGACCAGUCGGUCGAUCAGGAAAUCCAAGACUUCCUGAAGUCAGGGGACAUAUCGAAGAAGAGACUCUCUGAGAUCCACUGCUCAGCUCUCGCCUACAUGCUGCAGAUAUCAGAGGAGGUUCUGGAGGAGGUUGACCUAAAGAAGUACAACACAUCAGAGGAGGGACGACAGAGGCUGAUCCCAGCUGUGAGGAACUGCAGAAAAGCUCAAAUUUCUGGCUGUGAGCUUGAGGAGAAUCACUGUGGUGUUCUGGCCUCUGUUCUUCAGUCGUACCCGUUUCACCUGAGAGAGUUAAGCCUGAGUUGCUGCCAGCUGAACAGAGUCUUGUUGUUGAAGACGCUUUUUGCUGGACUGGAGAAUCCCAGCUGUAGACUGGCAACGUUGAGACUGAGACACUGCAGUUUGUCAGGAAUGGGCUGUGCUUUACUGGUCUCUGCUUUGAAGUCAAACCCCUCCCAUCUGAGACAACUGGAGCUGAGUGUCGACAACCUGCAGGACUCGGGAGUAAAAGCCUUGUGUGGUUUCCUGGAAAAGCCUGACUGUCAACUGGAGAUCCUGAGACUGAGGUACUGCUGUUUGUCAAGGAUUGGCUGUAUGUAUCUGGCUUUAGCUGUGAAGUCAAACCCAUCACAUCUGAAAGAGCUGGACAUCACUGGAAAUGAACCAUGGGACUCGGUUGUCAGGGCUCUGUCUGACUUUGUGAAGAAUCCACAUUUUAGACUGGAGACUCUAAGACAUGGAAGGAGGAGUCCUGUUUCUGCAGAGGAAGGACUUCCCUGUUGCUCUUUGUGUCACGACGUGCUGAAUGAUCCAAUGUCAACCAGCUGCGGACACUGGUUCUGUAGACAGUGCGUCACCUCAUACUGGGACCAGUGUUGUGCACCAAAAGACCACUCGUGCCCCCAGUGUGGAGAAAUACCUAGAGCAGCAGAAGUGACAGAGAGCCAGGCCAGCAAUACACACAAUAGACAAUUGCAAGAGGUUUCAGAUGAACAUAAGCUCAGUCUAAGGAUGAGAUAUGGGUGUAGCGACAUAGAAAGUCAGUUCUGGAUCUACCCUGACACAUACGUCACAGUUGGUCACAGUGAAGAGACUCAUGUUCAGCAUGAAGUGAUGCAACUUCAGACCAUUUACAAAAAAAAGACUCGCCAUGGCAUCCCAAUCAAGGUCCAUGACAUCUUUAAAGGUUUAAAUGAGCAUGAGAUACACAUUAGAGUGGUUCUAACAAAGGGCGUUGCUGGCAUUGGAAAAACCUUCUCAGUGCAGAAGUUCACUCUGGACUGGGCAGAGGGUCGGAAAAACCCAGAUAUCAUUGUGCUGGUUCUGCUGUCGUUCAGGGAGCUGAACCUGAUCAGAGAUGAGCAGCACAGCCUUCUCACGCUGCUCCAUGUUUUCCAUCCAACGCUCCAGAAGGUCCCAGCAGAGCAGCUCGCUGUCCUGAAGCUUCUGUUCAUCUUUGACGGCCUGGAUGAAAGCAGACUCUCACUGGACUUCAGCCACAGUGAGCUGGUGUCUGACGUCACACACAAGUCAUCAGUUAAUGUGCUGCUGACCAACCUCAUCCAGGGCAACCUGCUUCCCUCGGCUCUGGUCUGGAUCACUUCCCGACCCGCAGCGGCCCAUCAGAUCCCUCCUACGUGUGUGGACAGGGUCACAGAAGUACGAGGCUUCACCGACGCCCAGAAGGACGAGUACUUCAGGAGGAGAUCCACAGAGGAUCUGUCCAGCAGAAUCAUCUCACACGUCAAGACGUCCAGGAGCCUCCACAUCAUGUGUCAGAUCCCAGUGUUCUGCUGGAUCACUGCUACGGUUCUGGAGCACAUGUUGACUACAGAGCAGAGAGGAGAGCUGCCCAAGACCCUGACGGACCUGUACUCACACUUCCUGCUGGUCCUGACCCAGAAGAAGAGGAACAAGUACCACAAGGGACAUGAGACCAGUCCACAGGAGCUGACGGAGGCUGACAGGGAUGUUCUCCUGAAGCUGGGGAGGCUGGCAUGGGAAUAUCUGCAGAAAGGAAACAUCAUGUUCUACCAAGAAGACCUGGAGCAGUGUGGUCUAGACGUCACAGAGGCCUUGGUUCACUCAGGAGUCUGUACUGAGAUCUUUAAAGUAGAGAGUGUGAUCCUCCAGAAAACUGUCUACUGCUUUGUCCAUCUGAGCGUUCAGGAGUUUCUGGCUGCUGUGUACAUAUUCCACUGCUACAUCAACAGGACGUCAGGGGUUCUGGACUCUUUCCUGACAGUGUGGGAAAAUGGUGACUCUGAACAAGACUCUUUAGACAUCUUUCUAAGUAGAGUCCUGGAUAAAUCCCUUGAAAGUACAAAUGGCCACCUUGACCUCAUGGUUCAGUUUCUUCAUGGCUUCUCUCUGGAGAAGCAGACACCAUUAGGCGAUCUCCUCUGUCAAACUAAGAACAGUCUGGAAACUAACCAAAAGACUAAGAACAACCUGAAGGAGAUGAACAAGGAUGCAGUGUCUCCUGAACGAUGCAUCAAUGUUGUGCAUUGUCUGUUAGAGAUGAAUGAUUGUUCAGUAUAUGAUGAGGUCCAGGAGUUCCUGAGGUGCAAGACAGGCCCGGGGAAAAGACUGUCUGAAAUCCAGUGUUCAGCUUUGGCCAAAGUUCUGCUGUCAUCAGAGCAGAUUCUAGACACAUUGGAUUUGGAGAGGUACAACACGUCAAGAGAAGGACACUUGAGAUUGAUCCCAGCUCUAAGGAACUGCAGAACGGCUCGACUCUCUGGCUGUGAAUUUAAAGAGCCUCAUUGUGAAGUGUUGGCUUCUUGUCUGAACUCCAACCCCUCCCAUUUGAGAGAACUGGACCUGAGUCACAGUCAGCUGAACACGGUCACAAGUGUAAAGCUGUUCUUUGCCGGACUGAAGAGUCUAAACUGUAGACUGAAGAUUCUGAGACUGAUGGCUUGCAGUUUGCCAGGCACUAGCUGUGCUUUGCUGGCAGCCGCCCUCAUGUCCAACCCCUUCCACCUGAGGGAACUUGACCUGAGUAUCAAUGACCUGGGUGAUUCAGGUGCAAAGGACUUGUUUGACUUUCUUGCGUGUCAGGACUGUAGACUGGACACUCUGAGUCUAAAUUACUGCUCAUUGACGUCCAUGAGCUGUGAUGGUCUGACUUCUGCUCUGAACCACAACCCCUUUUAUCUGAGAACACUGAACCUAGUUGGAAACGACCUGGAGGACGGGGGAGUGAACAAGCUCACGUGUCUGGUGGAGAAUUCAAAGUUUAAGCUGGAGACUGUGCGGAUUGAGAACUGGGAGAUUAAAGCUUCCAUGGGAACGUGAUCCAUGUUUUGGUAAAGGCGUCUCCAGCUGCUCAUAUCCAUCUACAGGCUGCUUCAGAUCCUCUGUCCUGAAACCUUCAAGUUGUACAAGAUUGAAACCCACUAAUGGUGAAACAAAAGGCAGGAAGUGAAUGCGCAUCUGUUGAGAACAGAUCACUUCAACAUGAGAGGUUGAUAGAUGAUGGAAACAGAUCCAGGAGUUGGAGCCUCAGCUUCUGUGACUCUGAACCACACAAUCUGAACUCAGUUUGUCACUACAGCCUCUGAGUCUAUUGAAGAUUUAUUAUAGUUGUCAUUUUGGUUAAUUUUCCAAAGUGCAUUUAAUGUUUCUUUCAUGGGAUUUACACCUGUUAACAGAGUCAGGAGACGCUCUUCAUCAUCUACAUCUCCUGUACAUUGUAAGCUUGGACACAAUGAGCAGAGCUUCAUCUUUGGAGAAGCUCACCCGUCUGGCUAAUGUGAGAUUGUGGUUCUAUAUUAACCCAUCUCCUUCAUGUUCUUUAUACAGGAUGCAGUUCAGUAACUGCUAGUGAGGGUCUGAAUGAAUAAAGCUGCUCCAUGUCCCUCCUACAUCUUCACCGACUCGCUCACUGCUGAUGGCAUUGUCAUUUAGGGAUUGAUGUAAAUACAAAUAGUUCCUCGGUCACAAGAAGAAUGUCAGACUUGUGCUUAUCUAAAUGAAUGUGUGCAUUUAAGGUGA